AUGUUCUGUGUGUGCACGCAGACUUUUGCAGCAGACAAGUCAGAUCCUGGCCAUGUUGUGAAAGGAAACCUUAGCGCCAGCCAGAGCUCGGGUAAGACAAGCCUAGUGCGGAGGAAACUCGAGGCAACCAUGUUUGUUACGUCAACUCUCUGGAGCAGGUCGACAGAAAAACCUGACCCCAGUCUGUGUCUACAAGCCGACAAACCCCUGACCCCAGUCUGUAUCUACAAGCGGACAAACCUGACCCCAGUCUGUGUCUACAAGCGGACAAACCUGACCCCUGUCUGUGUCUACAAGCAGACAAACCUGAACCCAGUCUGUGUCUACAAGCAGACAAACCUGACCCCAGUCUGUGUCUACAAGCAGAAAAACCUGACCCCAGUCUGUGUCUACAAGCCGACAAACCUGACCCCAGUCUGUAUCUACAAGCGGACAAACCUGACCCCAGUCUGUGUCUACAAGCGGACAAACCUGACCACAGUCUGUGUCUACAAGCGGACAAACCUUGACCCCAGUCUGUGUCUACAAGGAGACAAACCUGAACCCAGUCUUGCAACAAUCCGAUGGACUGAAGACAACAGUGAGAGAACACAAGGGCUACAAUGCGAUGGACUGAAGACAACAGUGAGAGAAGACGAGUGCUACAAUCCGAUGGACGGAAGACAACA